AUGGAUCCACGAAGUUACUCCGCUGCGGCCACAGCGUAUCCGCCAACAAUGGACGGCAAGUGCCGGUACCCGCGGCAGCCCCGGCACCCGGAGCAGCCCCGGCACCCGGAGCAGCCCCGCUGCCGCUCGCUGCCAGCCGAGGCGGGCACACGCGGGGACUCGCAGGGGGAUGAGCCCAGCCAGCCCCUGCCCAGCAGCGCUCGCACACACCGGCUCUCGCACACCGGGUCCGGGCCGCGCUCCCGUCCGGCUGCAGCGCUGACCCGCCCCGAGGCCCCGCUGAGGGGCCGCCGGCCGAGCCCCCGCCCGCCAGGCCGGGCCGGCCGAGGCUCCGCGCCCGCCACCCCUCUCGGAGCCGGGCGCGGGCCGCACCCCCGCUGUCCCCGGGCGCCGGCAGCGACCGCCCGCCUGCUCCGCCGAGCCCCGACCGGGGCAGCGGAGCACCGGGGCACCAGGCACUGCGCGCCCCAGGCGGUGUCCCACCUGCCCGGCGGGGGCCCAGCCCCGCCCGCAGCCGCCCCGUACCUGCCUCGCCGCGCUCGGCACCUCCUCCCGGGCCCGCAGCUGGAGCCGCCGGAGCCGCCACGCCACGGCCGCGGCUCCGCGCCCGCCGAGCGCCCGGCCCACCCUGGCACCGCCCCCGGCCACGCCGCCCGCCCGCGCCCCCUGCCGGCCAACGCCGCGCCGCCACCCCCGGGCAGCUCCGCGCGGCACGGCCGGGACGGGACGGGACUCAUGGUCCCACAGCCGACCUGUAUCCCACAGCAUACGGCGGAGGAGCCAAGGAGCCGGGCAGUGUCAGCCCUCUGA